AUGAGGGCCUGCCUGCGGAGACUCGGUCGCUUGGGCCAGGCAGUCCAGUGGCCCUUGCUCUGGGCUUUGCUGCUCUUCUUCCUCUUCGUUGUGCCUUCCUUCAUUAAGGAGCCCAAAACGAAGCCUUCCAGGUAUCAAGAUACGGUGAAACUGAGAGAAAGGUCUGCAGAGUCACUACGAAAGGCUGACUCCCAGACACACACAAUGGGAAGGACAACUGUCCAUAUAGAGUCCCUGCAAGGGAACAGUGCACGUGACAUGUGGCUCGAGACCACAGGCCACACUGCCAAAGAGAACAGGACAGCAGAGGCCAAGCGGUCCUUGGCAGCGGAGGCACCGGCAGAGGGGCAAGGCAAGAUGACCGCCACGGCAAAGACCGUGUUACUGAAGAGUCGGGAAAAGGAGAAAAUCAUGGUAGAAAUGUUGUCACCAAAAAGUCAAGACAAGGGGAUGAGCACUUUCAGGGCAGAGGCCCUGUCAAUGAAGACAACCAAAGGAAGAAGGAACCAGAACAAGAAUCUGACGACCACAAGGACAGUGUUAGUGACGCAUCAGGACAAUGGGGUGACCACUUCUGAAGGUCAGGACGCGAUGGUGACUACCAAAGGAACAGCAUCAACGGGAAAUAGAAAGGAAGAAAUGACCACAGCAGCCAGCCAGGAAAAGAGAACUUUCACCAAGACCAAAACAAAAGCCAAACCCAAAGUGAGGCUGGAGGAUCAGACACCCAAGCCGAGAGCCCAGGACACCACGCCCUCUACCCAUUUCCAGCGUCCCACCACACAAAGAGUCCAGAGACUGAAGGCCAGCAAUUUCAAAUCUGAGCCUCAGUGGGAUUUUGAGGAAAAUUAUAGCUUGGAAGUAGGGGGUCUCCAGACGACCUGCCCCGACUCUGUGAAGGUCAAAGCCUCCAGGUCACUGUGGCUCCAGAACCUCUUCCUGCCCAACCUCACCCUCUUCCUGGACUCCAGAAACUUCAACCGGAGCGAGUGGGACCGCCUGGAACACUUCGCACCGCCCUUCGGCUUCAUGGAGCUCAAUUACUCCUUGGUGCAGAAGGUCGUGGCACAUUUCCCUCCGGUCCCCCAGCAGCAGCUGCUCCUGGCCAACCGCCCCGGGGGGCCCCCCGAGUGCAUCAGCUGUGCCGUGGUAGGCAACGGGGGCAUCCUGAACAACUCCCGAAUGGGCCAGGAGAUAGACAGCCACGACUACGUGUUCCGACUGAGCGGAGCUGUCAUUAAGGGCUAUGAACAGGAUGUGGGGACUCGGACAUCCUUCUACGGCUUCACUGCCUUCUCCCUGACCCAGUCACUGCUCAUAUUGGGCCAUCGGGGUUUCCAGCACGUGCCUCUGGGGAAGGACAUCCGCUACCUGCACUUCCUGGAAGGCACCCGGGACUUUGAGUGGCUGGAGGCGCUGCUUCUGAAUCAGACUGUGAAGGGGAACUCCUUUUCCUGGUUCAGGCACAGGCCCCGGGAAGCUUUUCGGGAAGCCUUGCGAUUGGACAGAUACCUGUUGCUGCACCCAGACUUGCUCCGGUAUAUGAAGAACAGGUUUCUGAAGUCUAAGACCCUGAACACCGCCCACUGGAGAAUAUACCGCCCCACCACCGGGGCCCUCCUGCUGCUUACUGCGCUUCAGCUCUGCGACCGGGUGAGCGCCUACGGCUUCAUCACCGAGGGCCACGAGCGCUUCUCGGAUCAUUACUACGAUAAGACAUGGAAACCACUGAUCUUUUACUUAAACCAUGACUUCAGGUUAGAGAGGGAGGUCUGGAAGAAGCUGCACCAUGAGGGUCUGAUCCAGCUAUACCAGCAGCCUGUACCUUCCAAAGCAAAGAACUGA